AUGAAGUUCACCGCAGCCAUCGCCUCCUCCAUCCUCCUUUCUGGCUCUACUCUGGCCGCUCCCACCACCACCAACCGGAGCUGGCCCUUCAUUAUCACGUCUAUGGGCUCUCCCACCCCUGUUCAUUAUGGACGUCUCACUGCGGCCAAUAUGGGCUUCACUAUCAACGGCUCCAACCAAGGCGCUCAGUGCGACAAAGAGAACGAUAGCGCAACGUUCCAGCUGCAGGGCUCCCAGCUUUUCCUCUACUCGGCCAACAACGAGGUUCAGCAGGUUUUCGUUGACCGCUCCGGCAUGGGUGGGGGAGCCAUUGGAUACUUUGACAACACCAAGUCCGCCCCUGGAUCACACUUCGAAUUAGACGGUUGGUCAAUCAACCACAAGGAUCAGCUUGUGUUUGGCAACAGUAAGCUCGCGGCUUGCCCCCCCUAUGAGGAAGGCGGCGUUUGGACGGUCAGGGUGAUUUCGACCGAGAACCAGGCGGAGUCGAAGUCUUGCAUCCACUUCGAUGCUAGAGUUACUCCCCAGGAUAACCCCUCCAGCUGCAUCUACAGCUAA